AUGAGAGCCCUCGCCGGUCUGUACAGCACAGCGGCAGAACACUGCAGCAGGGGCAACGAUUGCCAUGGCGAUGACACCGUGGAUAACCGGAGCCGGGCUGUCACCAACGUGAGGAUGCUGGAGGCACGAGCGAGCAAGCUGGAGGAGCAAGUCCGGGACCUGAGCGAGAAGUACAAACGAGCUCUGGCAGACUCUGAUACAGUGCGUCGCAAAACUCAGAAGUUUGUUGAAGACGCCAAGCUUUUUGGGAUCCAGAGCUUCUGCCGGGACCUGGUAGAGGUGGCCGACCUGCUGGAGCAAACGGCGAAGGAGCUGGAGGGGGAGGGGACACAGAAGCUACAGGAGGAGCUGGCGCGGGUGCAGGACAGGCUGCAGGAGGUCUUCACCAAACACGGCCUGGAGAAGAUGAAGCCCGUAGGGGGCAAGUAUGACCCCUACCAGCACGAGAUCGUCUGCCACACAGCCGCCGAGGGAACGGAGACUGGUACCAUCUCCCUGGUCAGGCAGGAUGGGUACAAGCUCCACGGCCGCACCAUCCGCCACGCCCACGUGGGCAUCGCCAUGGAGACGCAAGAGCAGUGACCGUUCCUUUUGGAGUUCUGCGUUCUGCCCCCGCCACUGUUUGGAUUCCUGAGUCACUCUGGAAACAUUGCCUUCGCACCCUCUCUGUCACUCUCUCUGCUUCCAGUGACUUGGCAAAUACAGCUUAGAGCACUUAGAUGUUCAUUGUCACAUUUAAGUAUUUUGUUGACAGCUGUGUACAUUUUAAUGGAGAUUUGUACAUAUUUAUAAUUUUUAUCAGCGUGUCUGUUUAUUUGAAAUUAAUACAAGCAUAUGACAAUUUAUCUGUGGUCACACUUGCUGAGACUAUACCAUGAAACCUGAUGGUGUCACUCCUUUAAAAUAGGCCUUACAACCACACAGAUAUGAGACAUAACCUUUUGUAUUAUAAAGUAUUAUUAUCUGUGUUAAAGCACUGUGGGUUAGAUUUGUCAUUUCUCCCAGUUGUCUACAUCUGGCCCUGUUAAAGUGGCCAUCUUGCAGGCUUUGGGAGUAUGUUGUUGGGGUAUCCGUCCUUUUUGUGCAUGGUCAUGUCUAUGGUGAUAUGCUUGCUCUGAUGUGGAGGCAGGCAGUGGCCAAUGAGAGGCUCAGAGUGGUAAUGCAGGUGAUAAAGAAUGCUGUAAUGGAAGUAUGUAUGUAAUGUUAACCAUGGUUUUCAGAAGUGGAAGAAGCGGAGAGGUAUUUGCUGUAUGUGAUUUUCUUUCUGAUUUUGUUUAGUGGUGGUUUUGUGAAAGAUGGUAAUUCAUGAACAGAUGCUGAAUGAUUCAUUUUUGUGUAUACUGUCUUGCACUAUAGAUUCCCCAAAGAGUUAUGGAGUAGCCUUUAAGUACUAACUCUGUUUUUGUGUAAGUGGUGCUAAUUUAUUUCCGUUGAA